AUGCGCAGCGAUGCCAAGGACGGAGAGACGAUUGAUCCCGAGUGCAAAGUGGCCAUCGUUUUGGGCGGAUCAUCCGGGAUGGGGCUGAGUGCAGCUGAUUCUCUUCUUUAUUACGGUGCUCGAAUAGUGAUAUUGGCCGACGAGGAUCCAUUGGAGGGAAAAAAUGCUGCCCAAAACUUGUGUGAUUUCUAUGGAAAAAAUCGAGCACGAUUUUUUCGUUGCGAUCUACGGAGUUUUUGCCAACUAGAAGGCGUCUUCGAGGAGGCGGUCUGCAAGUACAAGAAGGUCGAUGUGCUCUUCAGCAAUCUCGAUAGGAGUAAUUCACGUGUUUAUUCGUCGCGAGUUAGAAAUUGCAAUCAAGUAUCCAACGUCCCUGAGAUCGAUGACACCAAACUGAGCAAUACGGCGAGAGCGAUAAAAGCUGGAGUAAAGUACAUGGGAUCUCGUGAAAACGAUAAAAGUGGGGGAAUAAUAAUAAAUGGCGCGACCAUCAUCGGUUUCAUGGGAUGGCCGGAAGAUCCUAUGCCAAUUUAUUGCUUCAACAAGGAACCAGUCGCCGAAACGACCAUGGAUUCAGCUAAAAUUUAUGCUCCGGAGAAAACGGGAGUUAGGAUAGUUGCACUUUUAAGAUCGCAGAGGCCAUUCUCGGAAAUUGGUUUACCCGAUUUUCCAAAUUCUGGUGCAGAUGAAAGGUGCAACGAUCAUUCAGAAUCUCGAAUCGGUAAAGCUUUGAUCCACGUAAUGUCACGAGCCUCGACGGGAACGACGUGGCUUUCCGAACCAGCCCCGUGCAUUCGCGAAAUCCCAUGGCAAAUUCAUUUUCCACCUCGACACGGCGAGAGCGUGGAUCCUCGAAUUUAUGAAAAGCAAAAACAGAAUUACGCGAUGGCUUUUAAACCCAUUGUUACCGCAUCUUCCACCAGUUGCAACGCAAAUUGUCCCCAGCGGAUGGAGUAUAAAAAAAAAUGAGAGAGGGCAAGUUAUUUUAGUCGGAUUAAUCGGGCUCAGUAUUUAUCAAACGAUAAAAAAUCGUAACAAAUGAGCCACAUUUUAUUGAAC